AUGGAGCUAAUCGCUCUUUGCCUGAUAAUCAAUUCCCUAUGUGUUGCCAGUCGCCUUGCAGUCAAACCUCAAAUGGAAACGAGUGCUAACACCGAGGCGAUAGGAUGGAAUAGUUGGAACACUUUCAAGACCAACUUCAAUCAAAGUACAAUCGAAGAUACAGCAUCGACAUUGGUGUCAACCGGAUUAGCUCGCGCAGGGUACAAUUAUGUUGUUCUAGAUGAAGGUUGGCAAGCUCUGACACGGGACUCGCAUGGGCGCCAACAACCAAAUGCAACCAAGUUCCCUUCGGGGAUAUCAUAUUUGGCGGACUAUGUUCAUAGGCUGGGGCUAAAACUUGGUAUUUACAGUGAUGCGGGGAUAUAUGACUGCGGAUUCUAUCCCGGGAGUUACGGUUUUGAAGAAGUCGAUGCGGAUACUUAUGCGACCUGGGGCGUAGACUACCUUAAGUAUGACAAUUGCGGUGGAUUCUACGCCAAUACCGUUUCUCCCCAGGAAAGAUUUCUGACGAUGAGCUAUGCACUUAAAAACACGGGUCGCGACAUAUUCUACUCACUAUGUCAAUGGGGAAAUCAAUUCCCUUGGUUUUGGGCGGACCAGUUCAGCGACUCAUACAGGAUGUCUGGGGACAUCAAGUCUUCUUUCAACUCCGAUAGCAGUGGUGUCUGCAAGACAGCCUAUUGUUUGAAUACAGGAUAUGCCGGAGUUAGCGUUUUGACCAUGAUUAGGAAAAUGCGGGAGAUAUCUGCGUUUCAAGCACCUGGAUCUUGGGCGGAUAUGGACAUGUUAGAAAUCGGUACGGGCACGAUGACUGAAUUUGAAGAGCGGACGCACUUUUCUUUUUGGGCGGCCUUGAAGUCUCCCCUCAUCAUUGGUGCCGACAUUACGAAAAUCUCGAGCACUUCGCUUGCUAUUCUCCUUAACAAGGAGGUGAUCGCAAUCUCUCAGGACGAUGCUGGGAUUGCUCCUACUUUUCUGCCAAAUAUCUCCGUCGAGGGAUCAGUUCAAGUCUGGGCAGGACCUUUGAGCAGCCAAAACUCCAAAUGUGUCAUCCUUGCGUUAAACUAUGGGAACAACAGCACCGACAUAACAAUACCAUGGGGCCAAAUUCCUACUUUGCAGAAUUUCAAGAGUGCACAGUUGAAAAUCAGAGAUGUAUGGGCUGAGCAGAAUCUAAAGACUACUGGAAUGGAGAUCAAGUUGCUCAAUGUCAGUAGUCACCAGACAAAAUUACUGGUAUUGUCGGCAAUUCAGAGAUAA